GCAAUGAGCGGCUGUAGCCUGCGCUGUGGCGGGCGGUGGAUUUGAGUUUUCUGCCGGCGAGAGAGCCGAAGGAACUUUAAUUUAUAAAUGGAUGCAGCAGCUGGAGAAUUAAAACAGGCUUUACCAUCUUUUGACUCCAUGAAAAUACAUGUGGAAGUCUGUGUGAAACAGAACAGUACUGCGAAGCAGGAAGAUGUGCGGCUGUGUGUAUUGCAACUACUGAGCAGACACCAAGUGGUAUUUGGAGAUUAUGUCUGGAUGGAAUUUGAUGAUGAUUUUCUAACGAAGCAUGUAAACUCUGUAUGCAUCGUGGACACGGAUCUUACGUUUAAGGACAGACAGCCUAUUGACCUGACAAAGUCCAACAUUUCAAUUUAUAUAUUUCGUCUAAAUGAGGAAGGUCCAUCCUCUGAUGCUUUGGAGGGAGAAGAGGAGAACAUGCCAGCCUCCAAUAACUGGCUUCUACCUGCCGGAGAGUUCCAUGGACUUUGGGAGAGCUUGAUAUAUGAUAGUGAGGUUAAAUCACAAUUACUUGACUACGUCUCAACUACUUUACUGUUUUCUGACAGAAGUGUUGAUAGCAAUUUGAUUACCUGGAAUAGAGUGGUACUACUUCAUGGUCCCCCAGGAACUGGUAAAACAUCGUUAUGUAAAGCACUGGCUCAAAAACUUACCAUUCGAUUUUCUCACCGGUACCGGUAUGGACAACUGGUAGAAAUCAACAGCCAUAGUCUCUUCUCCAAAUGGUUUUCUGAGAGUGGCAAACUUGUUACAAAGAUGUUUCAAACCAUUCGGGAUCUAAUUAUGGACACGGAAUCCCUGGUAUUUGUUUUAAUUGAUGAGGUUGAAAGUUUGACAGCAGCUAGGAAUGCUUCGAAGUCUGGCACAGAGCCUUCUGAUGCCAUUCGAGUAGUUAAUGCUGUGUUAACACAAAUCGACCAGAUCAAAAGAUUUCCUAAUGUUAUAAUUCUGACUACAUCAAACAUCACAGAAAAAAUAGAUUUGGCUUUUGUGGACAGAGCAGAUAUCAAGCAGUAUAUUGGGCCACCGUCUGCUACAGCUAUUUUUAAGAUCUAUCUCUCUUGUCUGGAGGAGCUAAUGAAGUGCCAGAUCAUCUACCCUAGACAGCAACUGUUGACCCUGAGAGAAUUGCAGAUGAUCAGCUUCUUAGAAAAUGAUGUGUCUAGGUUAAGUUUAGCACUUAAGAAUAUUGCUGCGAAAAGUGAAGGACUAAGUGGACGAGUUUUGCGAAAACUACCUUUCCUAGCUCAUGCACUGUACAUUCAGUCAUCAUCUGUAACAGUAGAAAAAUUUUUAGAAGCUCUCUCCAUGGCAGUGGACAGACAGUUUGAAGAACGAAAGAAACUAAGCUCUUUUGAUGGCAAGAUAUAGUAUCAUCAACCAAUUGUCAAAACAGUUGGAAUCUUAUAUACUUAAUAUUGACCUCCACAAACUGUGUAGUAUUUUGACACGAGGCAUGAAGAUGGCGGUGGUUGAUACUUUGGACUUUGUCUUUCCAAAUUGGUAAACAUUUAUUUCUCCUAAGUUACUGAAGGAUAAUGUUUUUCCAUCUCGAUCCAUUACAAGUACCACGCUAAUAACCAAAGCAUUCUAGAAACUAUUGUUUUGUCUGUCAUGCUUGACAAAAUUAAACAGAAUUAACAGCAAGGAGACUGAUUGAUUGUUCAAUCUGAAUAAACUAUGCCAGUAAUUGUUCCACAUGAACCUCCUUCCUUACACUUUAUCUAAACCCAUUAGUGUGUGCUCCUAUUCCUUUCUGCAUCUUAUACUCCUGUAGCUUUCUUUAAAUGAAUCUGUCAGUUUCAAUCUUUAAAGACCACUUGUUUCACUGAAAGUAAAAGAGACAAUUGACUACGUGAUACCCUGGAGCUGUUUUGCUUCUCACAUACCCAAUUCAAAUUAAAGUUAGUCAAAAAAAAUUUUAAAAAAUUCCUGUUACUUGCAUACAAUGGCAAUGCAAUAGGUACGUUUAUGCAACAUCUCUGCCCUUGUGGCAAGAUCUGGUUCUGCUUGUAAUAACUGGGUGGAAGAAUAUCAUUAAAAAUAAUAUUAAAAAAUAAAAUAAAAUAAAAAUACCAUUCUAUAAUAAGAACAAAUUGAAACAAGUUCAGUUGAUUUUUUUUUUGGGAGCAAAACCAUCUUGAACAGUCAUUUUAAAAUUGGUGCUUUACAUUAGAUCACCAUCAAUAUAUGAUAAAUUUGUCCUAUGUGAUGGACCAACACCUGUAGCUCCACCUUUUAGAAAGUAUUUGUUAAUAACACAUGGAAUUAUUUAUUGAAAAUCACAGCUGACUUAGCAAUGCUGAAACUAGACUUUUGGAAAUAUUUUACAAAAUAUUGGAGUGUAGAUUUUUGUAGUUUGUUUCUGUACGAUACAUACUGUAUGGCCCAAAUGGUCUAUGCUGGUGCUUAUAGUCUACACUAGCGAUCUUCAACAGUCUAUUUAACCCCAUCUAUCCUUCUAUCCUUUUCUCCCUCUAGCUUCUCCUGAAAUAUGUAUAUCUGUACUAUUCAUCUCAGUUACUCUUUACAGAGUGGAGUUCCAUUCUCUAAAUGCAAUGUGGACAAAGAAAUUUCUCAUUAAUUCCCAGUUGAAUUGUCUGACCCCACAAAGAGUAAAAUUCUUUAGUCUUUGGCUUAAUCUUACUGAUUUCGUCUUUGUGAUAGCUUUACUGUGUCAAACUAAUACUUUCGAAUAACAUUAAACUGUUAACUGUACUGUCAUAUUCACACUAAUACAAAAAAAUCCAGUAAAAUUUUUGUCUUUUAAUAAUUUCAAGCUCUCGAUGACACUGAAUUGUGAAAUGUUCCAUUGUUUUAAGUCACCAAUUACCUUGUAAUUGUGGCACUUUAAAUGAAUUGGAACAAUGGCAUUUGACAGGCUGUAUUUAAAUCCAGCUGUGUUCACUAAAAUCCAUUAUAUUUGUGGUAUUGAAAAAAAAAUCUAGAUUUUGUACAGGAUUUUGACCAAAAUUGUUAAUUUUGGGGACAAGCUGGGGAUAUGUUUACACAACUUUGAAUAACUUAAAAAGGGAAUGAUGUAAAGAUUUAUGACCAAGUUGACAUGAAUUUGGUGAAUCCUUACCUUAAUUACUUUAUGUAGACUUAAAAAUUAGUAAACCUUAUGAAAUAGUGAUAAGUUGAAGCCCAAACAAGUAAGCCCAACACAGUUUAAUAUUAUAUAAAAGUUUAAACAAGGCUGUCACAAUCUUUGUACUAUACAAAUGUAGUUUAGGUUACAGAUCACUAUUUUAUUACCAAUAUUGUAGGUUACUGCAAUUAUACUUUACUAAUGAUUGAAGAGGCAACAGAU